AUGACUGAUCCUAUCCGCCCCGGCCUACAGCCGGUCUCCCAUCUCAAAGCCGGGCCGACUACCUCGAGCUCCAGGUCUACGGCGCAACCAUCCUCGUCCCAGCCACCUCUUUCACGACCUUCCUCGCGAUUACGAGCGCAAAAGACCUCAAGUAGGGAUGAGCCAAUUGAUGGGACCAGCGACAAGGCCACUCUCGCCUUGAUCAGACGCGUACUCUGCGCGCAAGCGAAUAGCCAUGGGUCCUCUCCACAGCCUCCGGAAGCGCUGUUGCCUCCUCUUACGAGCUCGAAUGACGUUGAUCGUCAGCUUUAUGCCAUUAUCGCUAUCAUAAUCAAAGAAUUUGUUUUCUCGUGGUACUCGAAGAUUACGCCUGAUCAGGCCCUCAUCAAUGAAGUCCUCCAAGUCGUUGCACAUUGCACCCGCGCUUUGGAACAGCGAAUGCGCCAGAUUGAUGUCGCACAGCUAGUUUUGGAUGAAAUCCCAGCGCUGGUGGAGGCACAUAUACUCUCGUACAGACUGGCCAAGCAACAGUCACAUCUAUCAGGUCUUCCAACGUCGCAUCGUGCACUGUACCAUGAGUUAAACCCUCAUCCUGGUUUAUCGCCAGUACCGGAUCGUGCCGACCCUGAUACAAUCAGUGCGCAGACCGAUAAUGAGGCGGUCUAUCGACAACUACUGGCCGGUAGCACUCUCGCCGUUCUUUUGCCUACGGAGGAUUUGGAGAAUAGCAGCCUGCGUAUCCUUGUUCGAGACGUUUUGUCGGACUUGAUUCUGGGCAGAGAAGUGGCUGGGAGAAUUUGCGAGGGUUGGUUUCUCUGGGAGUCCAUCACGAAGGCUACGACAGCGGCAUUGCGCCAUAAAACUUCAGAAGACUCAAAUUCCGCCAGUGAUACCUCUGUCAACCGUUUAGAGCGGUUUGGCCUACUUUCCGAAAAAGAUGACUCGGCCUCCUCGCCCAAACGUGCCCAAUCGCGCACUACGGCCUGGAUAUGGAAUGUUCUUCAGGGGAUAUAUCUUGGUUACGUUGCCUUGCGUUUCAUCGCGACGGGACUUUUCCGGGUCGCAUCGAACCCUGGCCCAGGGCCAGGAUACUCGCACGGGGCCGGUGUUUCAUUUCCCGCUGCAACACCGGGACCCCUCUCGAAGGGGGGAACGAGUCACCAUCAUCUUCCGAUGGUGCUCCAGUUACUGGGCAUCUCGCACCGGAUGCCAUGGUUGUCCGGGCUGCUCGCCCUUGUUCAGCAUCAAGUUCUGGCCGGACCAGGCCGGUUGGGUGACACAGGCGGAGUUCUUGACAGAUUUCUCCGGGAAACCAUUGAGGAAUAUGUCUUGACCCCCACUUUGUUGCCCAACUUACUACUCGUGACAAGGGCUGCGAUAUUCCCGGCCAACGCCCGCUCGUCGCCCGCGAUUACUGAAAUCACGGCCCCGACCCUGGUGCCGCAGGUGUCCGUGCUUCCUCCGACCCCCAGGGGAAAACCCACCCUCGUUACGGACCCCGUUGCGCACAGCGCGGAACGAACCAAUACCCCUGUUCUUAAUAGCAACGCGGUUGGUAAGAGUAGUAGGGCCGGCGGUUGCAGCAUUGAUCUGACUGGCGGUGAUCCCCCACCCACCACAUUAUCGCCAGAGUCAACAUCGUUAACCCCUCCAUCUCCGGCAAUCGAUUCGAUCUCAGCGUCAAACAAUGCCCCAAACCCCGACUUGGACGGAAGACCUGGCCCCUCUAAGUCGGAGAUCGCCGCUAUUAAGCGGCGAUGUGCAGUCAGCCUUCUCACUGUGGUCCCGCGCAAUGUCACACGAACCUUCCUGGGUGUUCCGGCUCCCACCAUGAAUGAUCGUACCUGCAGCGCCACCACUGCGAGUGCCCUCUCCCACACCAACACUUCGCAUACCCCACCCUCAUCGAGUGAAGAAGGGGGUGGGGGUGUUCUGCGGUCGCCCAUACAGGACGCAACGAAAUCCUCAUCUCAGACGUCAUUGCCGACAUCGUCCGCCUCAGCCUCGCCUGGGGUCUCAAGUGGCGAUACAUCCGCCGCGACGCCAGGCUACCCAGACAGAUUGCCAAGCAACGAGGCCCCUGUCGGCCCCGACGACCUCGCGCUCCUGGGGGCUAUCGAGACCGAGCUGCUCGACCUGUUUGCGGAUGAAUACUGUAACAAGCACCUCGUCUACGCAAUCAUCGAGACGGUCUUAGCCAAAAUUCUUCCUGAAAUAAGAGACCGCAGCCCCCACGAGCUGAUGGAGGACCGGGGGCCACGGCCCCCAUGUCUGGCUUUUGCGUACAGUAGCGUGGCUGUUCCUGCAUUGCCCUUCUGUAACUUUACUUUCUUGCGUACCUCGUGA